GUUUUAUGUUUGUAAGUUUACUUAUUCAAUAUGGCGCUAUAAAGAGAGUGCAUAACGGUGAUUUAUUUUAUUACGAUUACAAAUUGCUAUAAGAAAUCGUAUCUUAAAUUCGGAUAAACAAUCCAACAAUAUUUUAAAAUAUUAAAAAUAAAUAUGGAUGCUGAUUUUGAGGAUUUGUCACAUGAUGUGGAACUCAUUUCGAGGUUAAAACAACUUUACCAAGCAACCUUAAGAUUCGAAGAUAGAAUUGAUCUUGCUAAUGAUCCUGCUAUAUAUGACAAACUUUCUAAUAGUGACAAAAUAAAAUACAAUUUGUUAAUGUCAUAUAGUCUUAAUAGCAUGUUCUGGAUGUAUUUACGCACUGAAGGUAUUGAUCCUACAAAACAUCAAAUAAAAAAUGAAAAUGAUAGAUUAAAAAAGUCAAUGGAACGUGCUAAACAAAUCAAUGAUAAAAAUACACUUAUGCCACGUGUAGAUAAAAAUGCAGCACAAAGAUUUAUAAGAAAUAGUUUAUGGGAACCGAAAGUAAAUGAAAAAGAUAAUAAUGAAAAUAAAUGAGAAAGAUAAAUAAAUAAAUAUAAAGAUAAGAUUCUAAAACAGGUUGUUGUGGAAAAAUCUAUGGAAUUAUGAUCAACGUGCUUGUUUCAGUAAUAGAGUUUACAAUUUAUCUAUAUAAAUAUUAUAAAUUCUAAAUUGUGCAUUAAUGUAUUACUUUUUUGUGCAUUAAUUAUUACUUCAUACAUUUUCUUAUUUGAUAUUUGUAAAUAAUAAUAAAAUUAGUUACAACUUGUUUAUAUAUAAGUAUAACAGUGAUUGUCAAGUUGAUAUCUUAUAUAGGAUAGCUAAAUGAGAGUACUUAAAUAUUUGUCUUGUGUAUUGUAUGAUACAAUUUUUCAGGAGAAAAAAUAACGCUAUUUCAAAAGGUAUAUGUAAUAGAGUAGAAAUAAUUUUUUUUUUUGUAAUCAUUUUUUUAUGAAAUUUCAAGUUCGUUGGUACUUUUUUUUUUAAAAAGAACUAUAUAUUUAUCUUAAGACAUUCUUGUAGAAUAAUUUGUAGAAAAUAGAAAUUCUACAACCUUAAUAAUUAAACUAUUCCUGUCAAUUCAAUUUUGAAAUAUUUGUAUUUGAAGAUAAUAAAAAUUUCUUAAAAAUUUA